AUGCGGUCUGGCAGUGGCUCCGGCUUUCGGUCUCAGUCUGUCUCGGGCACCCGUACUGGCCCGACUGGUACGCCAGCAAAUGCGUUGCUCCCGGCCGGAACUGUGACCUUUGUCGAUGCUACGAGGGGACGUCUGGGGAUCGAACAUCUCGCGGAAUUGUCUCUCUUUGUACAUGAGCAUCUCGGCGGUCCUAAGCAGACGACGCCUAAAGUUGCAAUAAAGUCAAGCCACGCAUCAAGGAUGGCUGGCCAACAUGGAACUCAAAUUCGAAUGCUACCAAAAGAGUUGAGGUCCUUCAGGAGAGAACGCUAA